AUGAGCGGCCGAAGUAGGGGUAGAAAGUCCUCCCGCGCCAAAAACCGGGGCAAAGGCCGAGGCAAAGCCCGAGUUCGCGCUGCUCCUGACGACGCCCCCCGCGACCCGGACCCAACACAGUGCCAGAGGCUCGGGGAGGAAACCCAGGCGGCACAGGUGCAGGCUGGCGCGGGUUGGGGUGGCCUGGAAACCGCUGCGCCCGCGCCGCCCCGUCGGCCCGGGGAGGAGGCUGCCUGCCGGCUCCCCCUGGAUUGUGGCCUCGCGCUCCGGGCCCGAGCUGCGGGGGGUCGCGGGCAGGCUGCGACCAGGCCCGGCCUGGGGAAGGCCACAUCCCUCUCGGAGCGCCUAGCGACAGAUACGGUCUUCGUGGGAACCGUGGGAACCGUGGGAAGGCCAAAAAAUGGCCCCCGCGUUGGAAAUCGGCGUGGUGCUGCUGGGAAGAAGGCCUCAGAAACCUGUAGCGCAGCGGGGAGAGUACCUCAGGCCCUAGCUGGUGGGAAGCUGAAGAAAGGGGCCACUGGGGAGAGCGUCUCCGCCCCUGUGGGAGAAGAAACGAAGGUGGAGAAGGAUGCAGGGUCAGGGCCCCUGGCGACAGAUGGCAGCAUGGAUACGCUGGAGACCGUCCAGCUGAAGCUGGAGACCAUGAACGCCCAGGCGGACAGGGCCUACCUUCGGCUCUCGCGCAAGUUCGGGCAGUUGCGACUGCAUCACUUAGAGCGCAGGAACCUCCUCAUCCAGAGUAUCCCAGGUUUCUGGGGGCAGGCUUUUCAGAACCACCCCCAGCUCUCAUCCUUUCUCAACAACCAAGAUAAAGAGGUUCUCAGCUACUUGAACAGCCUGGAGGUGGAAGAGCUUGGCCUCGCGAGAUUGGGCUACAAAAUCAAGUUCUACUUCGGGCGCAACCCCUAUUUCCAAAAUAAGGUGCUCAUCAAGGAAUACGGGUGUGGGCCUUCGGGUCAGGUGGUGUCUCGUUCUACUCCAAUCCAGUGGCUCCCGGGCCAUGAUCUCCAGUCGUUAAGCCAGGGCAACCCAGACAACAGCCGUAGCUUCUUUGGGUGGUUUUCAAACCACAGCUCCAUUGAGUCUGACAAGAUUGUGGAGAUCAUCAACGAGGAACUGUGGCCCAAUCCCCUGCAGUACUACCUUAUGAGUGAAGGGGCCCGUGCAGAGAAAGGAAAGGAGGGCAGGCAAGGUCCAGCACGGCAGCCAGUGGAGACCCCUGAGCCUGGGGCAAACAAGUCCAACUGA